AUGGAUGUUUCUCGUAUCGUUCAGGUAGUUCUAUUUGCUGUUCAGUUGUUACUUACCAUGUUUGGAAACGGCUUUCUUCUCAUGUUACUGUGGAAGUUAAAGCAGACUCGACGCUCAGCGUCCAUGAACUUUAUCUUCAGCUGUGCCUUAGCAGACUUGACCUCCGCUAUGAUCAACAUUCCUCUUGCCAUGGAUUAUAUGAUAUUAAAGAGUGGAGGCUUGAACGGAACUGUGUCACCAGCUGUUGUGAUCUUUAUGAUACUUUUUCUGAUUCCUCUGACAUUCAAUUCGACUCUUAUGAUCAUGGUCGAUCGAAUGUUGAUCGUCAAGUGUCCUGUAAAAUAUAACAACAAGAUGAAAGUGAAAAAAGCGCGAAUUGGCAUCGUUUUCAUGUGGCUAACAACACUUCUCUUUACCGGCAUUAUAAACACUUCUCAGAUGAUCAGUGAUCCACCAAGAGUUGAUGACAACCCUAUUGAAUUCAUGGCAAGACUUCUAAAAUCGGGCGGCUCACUCAGAAUACUUUUGCCCAUUUGCGCAAUUUUCCUUUCAAGCGUUGCUUUUACGACAAUGCUUUAUCGAGGACUUCAAACGCUUCUAAAAGCAAAGAUUAACUCGACAACAGACAACAGCGCGGAAACAUUGAGAGCGAAGACACAGAGGCAAAUGAUUGCAUCUUCUAGUAGAACAGCCCUGAUAGUGAUGAUAAUCUAUUUAGUGUCCUUCUUUCCAGCCAUGAUUGACGCCCUUUUAAGAUUCUUUGAAGUAACACUGCCAAUAAGUGAAAGCAACCUAGCAUUUGUGGUUCUUUUCUUUGGUCAAAUGAGCUCAUUUAUGAAUCCAUAUGUGUUCAUUCUGCGAUCUACCGCAUUGCGACAGGCUGCAAUUAAAUUUAUAGUUACAAAUAGUCGGAACGAUAUCGUUGUACCCAUCCACCGAAUUAGAAGAUGA